GGAUGUUUUUUUUUUUUUCUCAUGUCAAUGUGUUUUUUUUUAUUUUAACCGGUGAAUAAUUUUUGGCGCAAUUUUGUAUAUAUUAUUAUUAAUAAUUAUUGUUUUGUUGUUGUUUAUUUUAUGAAAAUAAAUAAAAAUGGAAUCAACAAUAACAAGAGAUGCAUUUUUAAAAUUAAAACCAUGUUGUGAUGAAUUUAUGAAAAUACCAAAUGAAAAAACAGCUGUAAAUGUUGUUGAAUGUAUUAAAAAAUUAGCUGAUUCUUCAAUUAAUGAUUUAUUUGAGUAUAUUUGUUAUCCAAUAAUAAUUCAUCUUCAAAAAUCUGCAAUCAACAAAGAUGUCAAACUGCAUAUAAUUAAUGUGUUAAAAACAACAUUAAAUAAAUCAGUAAUAAAUGAUACUGGUUUUUUUGGUAAACUGUAUUCAAUAUUGAUGAUACAAAUUUAUGAUAAUAAUGAAAAAACAAAUUUAAUUACUGGACAUGAAGAAUUAAAGCUGAGUGUCAUGCAAUGUUUAAAAUUAUUAUUUAGAAAAUCAUCAAGACAAGUUAUUAUGUCACUAUAUAGUCGUGAAUAUGCAGCAAAAUUAAGUCAAAGUAUAGCAUUAUGUCUUGCAAUAGCUAAUCAUGAAAAAUAUUUGCUAUUAAGAAUUGAAGCAAUUGAAGCUUUAAUGACAAUAUCAUAUGUACAUGAUGAAGCUUUAUCUGAUGUUAUAAUUAAAAAUAAAGCUGCAGAUAUUAUGAUGUUAUUUUUACCAGGUAUUGUUAAGACACUUCAAGAUAUAACACAAGGAAGUGAUGUACAAAAUCACAAAAUAACACAAAUUGCACUGAGAGCACUUGGUAGAAUAGUUACUCUUGUUAUGGAAGAUUCUCAUGAUAAAAAAAUUAUAUCUCAAGGUCUUCCAACUUUAUCAAGUAUCAAUUGUCAAGAUAAUGAUAAUGAUGAUCCAUUAGGCAUCAAAUUAAAACGUAAUAAUAAUGAUGUUUUAAAAAAACACAUUGAAACAUCAAUUCGUGAUGAAAAAUUUUUUAAAGCAGCUGCUGAAAAAUUAAAAAAUCCAUUAAAUGAAUUAGCUAAUUUAACAAAACAUGAUAAUUCAAAUGUUCGACUUGAAUUAGUUUCUACACUUGAUUUAUUUUUAACAAAAACAACACACAAUAUGAAUCCAUGUUUUUCGGAAUUUAUUGAAAUAAUAAUAACACUAUCAGAAGAUGAUUCUGAUGAUGUUAAAAAUUCAUCACGUAAUUUAUUAAAUAAAAUAACAAAAUUAAUCAUGAAUAAUUAUGAUAUGAGAACAAUAAUAGAAAUGUUGGAAGAAAAUUUUUAUAAAUUAUUAACAAAAUUACCAAGAUUAAUACGUAGAUCAAAUGAUUCAACCCAAUUAUCAUAUUUAAAUAAAGUUGGUGGUUAUUUAAGAUUAUUAGGAAAAGAACGUUUACCAAAAAUUUUAAUAUCAAUAUCACAUUUACGAAAGCUAAUAUUAUCACUUGUUUAUAUUGUUGAAUUUGAUUGUAGUGAUGUUACAGUAUUAGAAGAUAAUCAAAUAAGAACAAUUGAAGAUAUGACAUAUUUAACAAAUCGUUCAUGGAAACAAUUUAAAUUUUUAAGAGAUAAAAUUACUCAAGAUAAAUUUUUAUUGAUAUGUAAAUAUUUAUGUGAAAUGGGAGAUUUAACAAUAUUAAUUGAUAGUAUUAUUGAAUUAAUAUCUGAUACACCAAGAUAUUCUAAAGAGCUUACAUUUUUAUUAAAUUGUAUUUUACAAUUUGAUAAAAAUCCAUCAAUAUCAUUGUAUCAACAAGUCAUUGAUUAUUAUACUGACAAUGAAUAUUGGUAUUUGUCACUUCAAGUUGAUGAUGAUACACCACUUGUUAAUGUACAAAGUAAUAUUAUACAAACUUGUUUAUUAACAGAGGGACUUGGUAUUAUUUCUACAACGCUAAAACAUAAAUAUCAAAAAUUUUUAUUAAAAACAUUGUAUAUAAUUAUUGAAAGAGCUGGAAGUGGUCAUGGUUUAAUAAGUCUUGUUGGUCUUCAAUCACUUGAAAAAAUAUCACAAUCACAAGGACACAAUGACAUAUCAAAUUUAUUACGUGAAAAUGUUGAUUAUGUGUCUUAUCAUGUGACAAUUAAAUUACGUAAAGUUGAAAAAUAUCCAGGUGUUCUUGAUGUUGUAACAAUUGUCAUGAAAUAUAGUACACUUGAUUUUUUACCAUGUCUUAAAGAAAUUGUUGAAGAUGCAUUGACACAAUUGGCAAUUAAUUUUAAACAAAAAAAUUCUUAUUCAUUAUUAAAAGUAUUAAAUACAUUUGUCAUAUGUAUUCGUCAACUUGUGCUAAAUAAUGAAAAUGAUAAUAAAUUAUUUGAUGAUAAAAUUGAUGAUAAAGCAGAAAUAGUUAUUAAAGAUUUAUUAAAUUAUUAUGAGGCUAAAAAAAAUUCACAAGAUAUUGAUAAUGAUGAUCUUGGUGGUACUAUUGAAGACAUUCAAAGAGAAAUAGAUGAACAUAAAAAUGAUAAUUAUGAUUAUGAAAAUAUUGAAGAAGAAAAGAAAGAACCUCCAACUUAUGUUAAAUUAAUUGAAGAUGUAUUAAAACGUUGUUUACAUUUUUUACCAUCUAAAGAUAUUCCAAAUACAUUAUUGGCAAUGCAAACACUUGAUGAGGGUCUUCAUAUUCUUGCCAAUUGGAAUGAUCAACUUUUACCAAUUGUACAUGAACUUUGGCAUCCACUUGUUGAUAGAUUUAAAGAAUCAAAUAUUCUUAUUACAAAUCGUGCAUGGCAACUUCUUGUAACACUUGCUAAACUAUCACAAGAUUUUAUUAGAUCACGUACACUAAAACAAGUACUACCAUCAAUAUCAAAAUUUUUAAAAACAUCAGCAAUUGAAAGUUACAAAAAGAAUAUAAAAAAUCCUUAUAAAUUUACACAAAUGUUUAAAUUACAACGACAAAUAUUAUUACAAUUUCCAAUGAUUGCAAGUGAUUUAAAAAUUCAUGAAAAAGAAUUAUGGGAUUGGCUUGAUAUUAGUGAAGCAUAUUUAAGUGAUCAACAACAUCCAGAACUUCAAGAUUAUUGUAUAAAUAUGUAUAAAAAUAUUGCAAAUAUAAAUAGUGAUAUUGUAUGGGUAAAAUGUCUUAGUAUUAUAAAUAUAAAAAUUAAAAAUAUACCAUCAAAUUCAACACUAAAAUUGAGUGAUUUAAAAAUUGAUAAUAAUUGUAAAAAUGAAUAUAGCAAUAAUAUUUAUAAAAUCAUAAAUUAUGUUCAUGAAAUUACCUAUAAAAAUAGUGGAUAUAUUGCAUCAAUUGGUGGAUAAAAAUUAAAAAUAAAAAAACAAUUGUAAAUUAAAUUAAAUAAAUAAAAA